AUGAUCAAAAGUAAAGUAGGUACGUAUAUGUAAAUUCUCUUAAAUCUGUAACUUGUAGAAAAUAAUUGUAACUGUAUGUAUGUAAUAAUAUAGUAAGAUAUAACUAUAAUAUUCAUGAAUAUUUUGUGUAUGGAUAUGAUAAUAUGAUGAUUCUUUUAACAUGUAAUGAUUUGUGAUAAUUAAUAAUUUACAAUAUAUUUUCUUAACCUCUAGGUUUUCAAUUGUUUUCACGUUUACUUUUUAAUUUUAACUUUUAACUACUUUACAGAACACGUGAAAGGAGAAAACCUAUGGUGUUACCAAUGCAAUACCAAUCUAAGAAACGGGCAUACAAGAGAAUGUAACGAUCCUUACAUCCCAGCACCUUAUUUCGACUUAGUUCUGUGUCCUCAAAACGAGUCGCAACAUUGCCUUAAAAGCAUCAUCGACUGUGCGUAUAAAAUGUUACCUUGAAACUAGUGAGACUAUAAAAACUAUUUUUCUUAAUGUAGAUGGGGAUGUGCUAGUGACGGUGCGAGGUUGCGUGCCGUCACGAGAAAUCGACGGAUAUUGCCAACCAGAGGAACGUUUUUCAAAAUCUAGCGUUGCAUGUUCUUUCUGCAAAAAUUAUGCUUGUAACAUUCAAAAUUCUAUUCACAUAUUCUUUUUAUAUAAUUUAGCAUUUAUAUUAGCUUUGAUUAGUGUAAUAUUGUAUUUACAGUAAUAUUUACUUUAUGUCUUAUUUAAUCCUUAAUCAUUUCAAUCACGAAAUAUUACAGUUAGGGAUCGAAUAACUGUCAUAAAUAUAUAGGUUAUUUGUUGAACUUUUAACUUUUAAAUCAUUUCUUUUCUGUUUCAAGUUAACUUUAUACAUUAAUACUUUAAUUAAUAUUUGAAAGAGAUAUUGUUUCCCAAACUUUCCUAUGUUUUUCAUAUACAAAUAUUUAUAUAUAUAAUUUAUAUAUUUAUAUAAUAAAACUUCACUGAUUCAUGUUUCAAACUCAGACACUAUAAUAUUUUACAGCAAAUCUGCUUGUUAUAAUUUUUACUUUUUAGAGCAGAAUAAAUAUAAAUAUAAGAAAAUAUAAGAAAAUAAAUUUGUACAAAAAAAAUUUUAGUGAAUGCACUAUAUUUGUUAAACAGUCUUCUUAACACAGAAAAGAUAUUAAUUAGAAAAUUACAAUUAUUUUGUUAUUGAAAUUUUUUUAAUUUUAUUUGAUCCUUGCAACAUAUAAAAUAACUGAUUCUACAGAUACAUAAAAUGUUUUAGAAUUUUGAAGUUGAAUGUAUAGUUAAAUUCGUUUUCUUCAGAUUAUGUAGUUAUAUUUGAAGAAAAAAACUUUAUGUUUUAAUUCUGUCCUUUUAAUGCAUCUAAUAUAAAGGGUACCCAUAAAUAAUAUCGUUUUUUGUUACUGUACAAAAUUUUAUUUUAUUUAAGAGUUAAUACAGUUUUAAUCUGUAAUAUAAUUUCUAUCAUUAUUGACAAUUUUUGCCCAUCUUUCUGAUUUUUGCCCAAUUUUCUAUUUUCUUCUUGUGAAAAUGAAGGUGGUUUUGAAGUAAAAUAUUCUUGUGCAGUUUUAAUAGCUGUCGCAGUAGAAAAUUUUUUCCACGAAAAAAAUGUUCCAUAAAUCUGAAACGAUGGUAAUCUGAUGAUGCAGCAUCAGGUGAAUACGAUGAGUGAGGGAGUACUUCCCAGUUUAACUCCUUGAUUUUUUUCUUGGGUGAUUCUUUUUUGGGUGACACUAUGAGGUCUUGCAUUAUUAUGCUGGAAAAUAACAAUUAAUCAGGCUUUGGACGUUUUUGAAACAAGAUUUAGUCCAUCAAGCUGAGUAUAAUAAUAUUCAGCAGUUAUGAUUUCAUUUGGAUUCAAAACCCUAGUGAAUAAUUCCUGUGAAAUCCUACUAUACUGACAGCAACAAUUUUUUAAGGUGAAAACCUGGUUUUGGAAUCAGCAGAAAUGGUUGGCCUGGUGUCAACCAUUGUUUUUUCUCUUGUGGAUUGCUGUAUAGAAUUCAUUUUUUAUCUCCAGUAACAAUUUGUCAAAGAAAAGAUAUCUGCCUAACCUGGACAGAAGUGCACUGUAGAUGGUUACACAUUUGAAUUUUGUUUUCAAUCAACUAAAAAAAUUGAUGAGGCACUCACAUUUCUUCUCUUUGCACUUUUCAGUUGUUUUAAACAUUGUUGACUAAAAUAAAAGAAAAAUCAAAAUCAUGAUUUUAAUUUUUCUGAAUAAAAACAUGGAGCAUAAAAUUGUUUUUUAUAAUUAUAAAAUUAUCAACUACGGUCAAUAUAUUAAUUUCAAAUAUGUACAACUUUUAUGAUCAAUCUUUUAUUCAUCGCUUUAAAUAUGAUGAAAAAAUGAUUUAAGAAAUAAAAAAAUCAAAAUGAUCAAAAAAUGAUUAAAAAAAUCGAAUGUGUAUUUUUUGUAUAUACAAAUUUCAACUUCCUCACAUUUUAAUGUAAGCUAUUUAUGAUAUUGACGUAAUUUUUAGAAAAAAUACAAUGAAUUAAUAUAUCUAAAAACUAAGAAGCUCAGAUAUCAGAAAUUCAAAUUAUUUAAAAUUUUGAUUAGCAUUACAAUACGAUUUGGUUGUCUUGAUUGAUUAUAAAGAACACGAAAGUAUUUAAACAAUUAAUUAUUUAUUAUGUUGAUAAGCCAGUAUAUUCAAUGGAAUCAUAUUUAGUAUUAAUUAUACAUAUGUUUAAGACUAUUCAUUGAUGUUUUGCUAAAUAGAUGUAUAUACGUUUGCGAUAAAUGACUUAUACUUACUAUAUAUACUUAUACAUAUUUAAUGUAGUUUGAUAUUUGUUUCACAUUAUAAUAUACAUUAAUCAAAUUUUAAACUUUUACAAAAUACAUACGAUUCGUAAACUCGAAAAUUCAUAAAUUACUAUGAUAAAUAUUCAAAAUUGUAUUUUGUAUCUGUGAAUCUUUCUGUAUUUGUAAAUCUACCGAAGAAAAGAAAAUACUCAAUAUUUAUCGAAGAUAAUAAAAUUUUUUUUAAUAUUUUGCAGAUUCUUUGUUGUACAAAAUAUUAUUUAAUUUUUUCCGUUUUAAAACAUACAUAAUACUUGUUACAAAACUUUCAUUUAUUUACAUGCUUUGCAUUAUUUUGAAAUAAUAAUCCUAAUCGCAGUAGUUUAUAAUAUUUGCUUAAAAUAAGUUGUGGAUUCGAUUUUGGGUGUAUUUCUAAUGUAAUUUUAAUAUUUAAAGUUGAACAUAUUUAAAACUGCUAUGAGAAAGAGUAAUUAAUAAAACGCUGUUCAAUGAUAAAUAAUAUAAUAACAAAUGAUAUUCGAUCAAUGUAAUAAUAGUGAAUAAUAUAUGUAGAACAUAAUCAUCUUAUUAUAAUCAAAUAACAAAAUUACUAUAACAUUAACGAUAAACUUCUUUCAUUAUAUAUUUUAUGUACUUAUAAUUUUUUAUAUAAUUUUAUAAAGAAUUUUUAUAUAAAUUUAUAAAGAUUUUGAAACCUUUUUUUAUUUGUAAAAAAAUGUUAUAGAAACAUACAUCUAUUUCCUACUCUAUGAGUAAGUUAUAAGCCUAUAAGAAACUUUUUUCUUCAGCUUUUUAUAUUGUAUGCAUUUUGUUAAUGAAAGAGAAGAAGAUGUUGAUUGACCGGAAAAGGCUGUUGGCUUUGAAGUCAGAAAUUAAAUGGUCUUAUGAAUGAACAGAGAGACUGUCCAGUCGAUGUAACCUUUGUAUCGAUGAUGGUAAGUUCUAACCAUAUAAUACUUACGAAAUCAUGUAUGCGUGGAUACACACAUAUUUACGUAUAGACGCAUCUGGGUGAAGAGAAGGGGUCAAAUGCUAGAGUCAAUUCGGUAAUAUCACGCAGGGUUAAAUGGUCUCCUGACCCCUGACAAGUCUUUCUUAACGAGUCGGUAAGUUCACUUUGCAAUCCUAUCGUUUAACAUCUGUAACCAAUUCGAGUAUGUAUUUUUUUUUUUUUUUUUUUAGAUGGUUCGAUAAAAUUUGCUAA